AUGAGUUUUAGGAGAGGUGGUGGAGGCGGCUCUCGAGGAUUUCAAUCAAAUUUACCAUUUGGUCUGAGCUACAGUGAUGUCGGGUCAUAUAAAAAUCAAGAAAUUCCAACAAUACCGUUACCUGUCAACAAUCCUAUUACUAAUUAUGAAAAAGAUAUUAGUUUAAGCUACAUAAAUUUUCAAGAAACAAUGAAAAACGGUCCCUUUCAUACAGGUGAUGUUCAACCCGAGUCAGAAUUAGAGAGGCUACAACAUGAUGAUGGGAUAGAAAGAUAUAGCGAUCGAUAUUUGAAUAAAAAUAAAAAUAUUAACAAAUCCUGUGCUUCUAUUAAUGAACAUCCUUUUCAACUAGAACUAUUCCCUCAAGAAUUGUAUCCUGUAAUGGGUAUAAAAAAUAAAAAUAAAAUACUUGCAUUAUCGAAACUAAAGUCUAAGGAUGAUAUUUUUUUCAAUAAUGAAGAAGCUGCUAACAUAGCAGGACUGACUAUGUUAGAAAAACUAAAAGAAUUGGCUGAAGAUGAAGAUGAACUUAAUAAUAAUAAUAACAAUAAUGGUAAUGGCAAUAAUCCAAAAAUUAAUGGACAGGAUGAUAUCGAGGAAGAUGAUGAAGACGACGACUUUGAUGAAGACGACGAUGAAAAUGAUGAUUAUAAUGGUGAAAAAUACUUUGAUAAUGGUGAAGAUGAUGAUUAUGGAGAUGAAGAUGAUGGGGAUGAACCUGCUUUUUAA